UGGUCAGAAGCGCGAUUUUCAAAUAUCUUAACUCCAAAAACCCCUCUGGUUUUUGUUUUAACGCUUUGUCAGUCAGAGAACUUGGCUCAAUAUUACAAGAGGGACAGCGGUGAAAGGAGGAAAUAUUUAUUUUUAUCGAAAGGUCACCUUUAAAUGACGACAAUGUCUUCCCAGCCUUUGAUCACAGCCAACAAAAAAGAAGAGAAAGGGAAAAAUAUCCAGGUGGUUGUAAGAUGUCGACCGUUCAAUCAAUUGGAAAGGAAGGCAAGCUCAACCUCCGUACUGGAAUGUGAUAACCAAAGGAGAGAGGUUGCUGUGCGCACUGGAGGAAUAAAUGAUAAACUGGGAAAGAAAAACUAUACAUUUGACAUGGUUUUUGGCCCUUCUGCCAAACAAAUUGAAGUGUACAGAAGUGUUGUGUGUCCAAUAUUGGAUGAAGUUAUCAUGGGAUAUAACUGUACAGUGUUUGCGUAUGGGCAAACUGGCACAGGAAAAACCUUUACCAUGGAAGGAGAAAGAUCAGCUGAUGGAGAGUUUACCUGGGAGGAGGAUCCCCUAGCUGGUAUAAUUCCUAGAACUCUCCAUCAGAUAUUUGAAAAACUUUCAGACAGUGGUACAGAAUUUUCAGUAAAAGUCUCUUUGCUGGAAAUCUACAAUGAGGAGUUAUUUGAUCUGCUGAGCCCUUCUUCCGAUGUCAGUGAGAGGCUUCAGAUGUUUGAUGAUCCUAGAAACAAGCGAGGUGUGAUCAUUAAGGGAUUAGAGGAAAUAACUGUACAUAACAAGUAUGAAGUUUAUCAAAUCUUGGAAAGAGGUGCAGCGAAGAGGACAACCGCUUCUACCCUUAUGAACACAUACUCCAGUCGAUCACAUUCUGUUUUUUCUGUCACAAUUCAUAUGAAAGAAACUACAAUGGAUGGGGAAGAACUUGUUAAGAUUGGGAAACUGAAUUUGGUGGAUCUGGCAGGAAGUGAAAACAUUGGUCGCUCUGGUGCAGUGGACAAAAGAGCCCGGGAAGCUGGGAAUAUCAACCAGUCUCUUCUGACUUUGGGCCGGGUGAUUACUGCUCUUGUUGAGAGAGCACCACACAUUCCAUACAGAGAAUCUAAACUCACAAGGAUCCUGCAAGAUUCUCUUGGAGGAAGAACAAAAACUUCUAUAAUUGCCACGGUUUCCCCUGCAUCUAUUAACCUGGAGGAAACUGUGAGCACUUUAGAAUAUGCCCACAGAGCAAAGAAUAUUAUGAACAAACCUGAAGUUAAUCAGAAACUUACCAAACGGGCCCUUAUUAAGGAAUACACUGAAGAGAUUGAGCGGCUGAAAAGAGAUCUUGCUGCAGCUAGAGAAAAGAAUGGCGUCUUCCUGUCUGUUGAAAACUAUGAGCAAAUGCAGGGAAAAAUUAUGUGCCAAGAAGAGCAAAUUGCUGAGUUUACGGAUAAGAUUGCAGCUAUGGAAGAAGAGCUGAAGCGGAUCACAGAAUUGUUCACAGACCGUAAGAAAGAGCUGGAAGAAUGCACCACCGUACUGCAGUGUAAGGAGAAGGAGUUAGAGGAAACACAGAAGAACCUGCACGAAUCAAAGGUGCAGCUAGCUGAGGAGGCAUUUGUAGUGUCUGUCUUAGAAACAACAGAGAAGAAGUUGCACAACACCGCCAGCAAGUUACUAAGCACCAUUCAAGAGACCACAAAAGACGUGUCUGGUCUGCAUGAAAAGUUAGAUCGCAAGAGGUCUCUUGAGCAGUACAAUGCAGAAGUACAAGAAUCCUUUGCAGGCCAAAUGGAUAAAAUGUUCAACAACAUUAACAAGUCUGUGAAUGAAUAUGAAGAAAAGCAGCAGGGAAUGCUUGACUUAUACAGAACGUCUUUCAGUGAUCUUCUGUCUGCCAGUUCUUCUUCAUUAAAAGCCACUGCUACCACUGUUGAAACAUCCUUUGCGUCUGUUAAGGAGACUGUUGGCAGAGAAGUUACUCGAACUGUUGGUGAAAUAUUAAAGCAAGAAUCUUUGUCUACCCAGGUUAAAGUUGAUCUGCAAAAGUUGAUGGCGGAGCACAGGUCUGCUUUGAACAAAGCUUUGAAAGAUGAUCUAAUGCCCAUUGUGACAUCUGUUUUGGACUUAAAUUCUCGCUUAAGCUGCUCUUUGCAGAAUUUUUCACUUGUUGCUGACAAGAUUGAAUCCCAUAAAGAAGAAUUGAAUUCUUUUUUCGCUGGGCACUCCAUGAUGUUACAUCAGCUACGUUUGGAUUCUAAAAAUGCUCUAACAAGCAUGUCUCUGGAGUAUGAGAAAAUUAAAGAAGACCUAAUAACGGCUCAAACUGCUAAUGCACAGGGUAUGAAUCAUCUCAUCACUUCACUUCAAAACCAAUUGAACGUCCUAGCAAUGGAGACAAAUCAAAACUUUUCUGGGCUUUUGGCAAAGCAAGAAAAUUUAAAGAAAUCUAAUAGCUGCUUUCAAGAAGAUAUAGAUGGACUUUCUUCAGAUCUCAUCUUGGCUACAUCAUCCCAUCAGAAAUUUGUGAGUCAGUCUCAGGACAUGGCUACGGAGGUCAGGGAUCUCACUGGCUCCAAUCUGAGCACCCUGGAGGAGUCCACCAGGCAGUGUGGGCAUCUUAGCAGCACCAUUAAUGCCAUCUCUCAGAAUACAGAAGAGUGGUGUGAAAAUGCCAGUGUCCAGGUUGGCUCCUUUGCAGAUCAGAAUAUGUGCUAUCUACAAGCUACUAAAGCACAGCUCCAGGACCUACAGAAGAAUGUAGAAGACUGUUGUGGCUCAUCGGUGACUGAGAUUACUGAACAUGUGAACCAUCAGUGUCUAGCUGAGGAGAAGGCUCUGGGCAUCCUAUUAGAGCAGGUCAACGAUGACAAGCUAAUGCUUGUAGACCAAAAGUUAGAACUUCAAAAGCAUGCUCAGAUGGCUCUCAAUAAAGUGUACUCCUAUCUUAUGGAAGAGCUCAAACAUGACAUCCCAACUGGCAGGACUCCUCAGAGGAGGGAUUUUAAUUAUCCAUCUUUGCUAAUGAAGACAAAGUCCCGAGAAUUGCUACUGAAGCAAUUCAGGCAACAGCAAGAGGAUCUCAUGGCUCUCAUUGCUAGCACCGAUUGUAUGGUAGAGGAGCCUGUUGACCAGGAUUCGCUGGAAGACGAGCCAGUUAUCAGCUGUGACAGCAUUAUCAGUGAAGCGCCAUGUAUAGAUCUCAAUGUUACCUGCCAAGAUAAUGGUGGCGUUCCCUUUUUCCAGCAAAAAAAACGAAGCAGAAAAGAAAAAGAAAACAAUUCAAAUUCAACAAUUUUGGAGCGUUCUAAACUUAUGGAAGAAGCAGAGCAAUCUUUUGCCAGGUCUAAGCUUCCACUGAGAGUACAGAACUAAACUUUUUUGUUUGUUUGUCUUUAUAUUGUACUGUAUCCUAUUUUUGUCAUCAUUCAGGAACCUUUCUUUAUGUAUCUUUAAAUGUUACCUAUGCAGAUACUUAUUUGUUUUAAAUGUUUGAGAUUAUAUAUAUUUUUUUUUCAUUUUAAAUGUAAUGUCUUUUUGGUAAAAUGUUGGCAACUCUUUGUACAUAAUGUGUAUGUAUACGUGUACAAAACAAUAAAACUAUGUAAUCGGCAUGACAGAAAUAAUUGGUUAAUUAACAUGGACGGAACUGUCAUGUUUUAUUUUAUUUUUUAAAUAUAAGAAUAAUCGUAUAAGUUGAAUCAGACGGUAAAUAACAUUUUUUUCUGAUACUGUUUAAGUAAUAAACAUUUUAGUGUUUUGUA